GUCCAAUUAUUCAGCAAAAGCAUAGAGAAGCGACUAAUUCAGGUCUUUCUUCAGAGUGGAGUCAGUGGACAAUCCUGCCAUGAAUAAGAGGCUCUUGUCGCGUAAUGGAUGGGAUGUAGAAAUGAGCAUUGGCAACCCCGACGGACGUUGCUCUACUGUGGCUAGCGGGGUUUUAGUGACGAGUAACGGGAACAAAACUGAGUGCCCGUCAAUGGCUCUGGAUAUAAGGCCGGGCAAAGAAUAUACCUUCAAUGAGAUUGAAGCAGCAACGAAUGGUUUUGCUGAUGAAAAUAUUGUUGGAAGUGGAGACUACGGAGUUGUUUAUCGUGGAGUCCUGUUUGAUCAUACUCGAGUCGCAAUCAAGAAAUUGCUUGUCAAUAGGGGCGCAUUAAAGGAUUUUGUGGCAGGGGUGGAGGCAAUGUGGUGUCUCAGACACAAGAACUUGGUGAAAUUAUUGGGAUAUUGCACAGAGGGAAUGUUUAGGAUGGUUGUGUACGAGUAUGUGGACAAUGGCAAUCUUAACCAAUGGCUUCAUGAGAGCACAAGUAAAGUUAGCCGUCUUACAUGGGAAAUCAGAAUGAGUAUCAUUGAAGGAAUUGCAAAAGGGUUAGCCUACCUGCACGAGGACUCUGAACCUGGAAUUACGCAUCGACACUUAAAAUCAAGCAAUAUAUUGCUUGACAAGCAAUGGAAUCCUAAGAUAUCUGAUUUUGGAAUCUCCAAGUUUUUUGGUCUGGAGUGGAGUCAUGCCACUGCUCUCCCGAUGGGAAUGUCCGGUUAUAUUGCACCCGAAUGUGCCAGCACCUGUAUUCUGGACGUGAAAAGCGAUGUUUACAGCUUUGGGAUACUUGUAAUGGAGAUUGUAUCAGGGAAAACUUCAGUGCAGUACAGCGUUACUGAAAUAGAGGAAUGCUUAAUCGACUGGAUAAAACUAAUGGUUUCAGAACAAAAGUUUGAUCGGGUUGUUGAUCCCAGUUUGCCUGAAAUGCCUUCUGUGAAGGAAUUGAAACGCAUUCUUCUUCUAGCACUCCGAUGUGUUGACCCAGAUGCUGACAAGAGGCCUAAUAUGGGCAAUGUGAUCCACAUGCUCGAGCCACGGGACUUGCUACUCGCAGAUGAACUUGUGGUCAAAAGGGUCAGUUCUCGUCGUAGAUCUUUCAAAGAAGAUCAUCAAACAUCAACUUAGUUCAUUUAUCUCUAGAUACAAACGAGAAACACAGGCAAGUCUGUUCCUACCUGGACGUGAAGUAAAAGUUUGCAUUUGUAUUUAAAGAGAAAAUGCCCAGUUUCUAUUCCUCCUCCUUUUUUUUUUUUAUCAUCAUCGGGGAAGCGAGAUGUAGAGGGUUUAAACAUCAUAUGGUCUUUUGAUGAACUUGUAAUCAGUUGGAAUAGUUUCUGAAAUUGACAAAUAUGGUCAGCAAAUUUUGUUCAGUUACAGACCAAUUUCUCAGUCCUAACACGGCUUGUAAAAUUAGGCAGUUCAGCUCCACUCGUGUACUCUGGCACAUCCGAUUAAUUUCAAUAUUUCAUCUCAGCCAGCUUUUUUUAA